AUGACAAAGCCAAACCCCAACAUAACAGACCAGGAGCUGUUCUGGGGCGCCGACCAGUACGACUUCUCUGUGGUGCUCCCUGCUGCUGGGUUGCAGUGUUUCUGGCACUUUGCUCACCAUGGAGAAAGAUUCUACCUCAGCUUCAUGGUCCAGUGGGUGACGGGAGUCGGCCAUGACAGACACCUGUCAGUCACAGUCAACGCUCCUGGUGGUCUGUUAGUGUCAAAUAUCGAUGAUGCGAAGGGUCAGAUUAACUUCAAGACUGAGGAAACAGGUUUCUAUCAAAUGUGUUUCAGCAACUUCCACAAUCGCUUCGGCACCAUGCAGGUCUUCCUCAGCUUUGGUGUUUACUACAACGACCACCAGGACCCUGCCAAGAGCAGAGAAGAGGAAAAGAAGGAGACAGAAGAAGUCAGCAAGGACCUGAACAACACACUGAGCAUCAUAGAGGAUGCGUCUCACAAAUUGGAGAACCACGUCUUCCACAUGUUCCGCUACUACAGCUUUGGCCGCAUGCGGAAGAGCGCCGACUACUUCCUGCUGCUGUCCAACUCACAGUACAUCACCUGGUGGUCGACAGCCCUCAGCCUCCUCAUCAUCACCUCUGGGUAUCUGCAGCUCCUCUUCCUCAAAAGACUCUUUGUCAGCAAGACCGAGGUCGAGAAGCCGCGCUGCUGACACGCUCCCCGUCAUAGUUCACAGUCACGGCAGAAAUACAUGGUGGACCCGGAUCCACCAAUUCAACUACAAGGCUGUGGAAGCCAUUUUUCUUUCUAGUAUUGUAUUUUUCUAUA